GUCGCGUCCCACUACACCUUUGACGCGUCGGAGUGGCGCAUCCACAUGCCCAGGUCCAUACAUGCCCCGUUUAACUGUCUUACGGCCGUUUAACUGUCUUACGGAUGACAGAUGACACCAUCUCGACGGUUGCUGCAGUCUGCUCACUUGUGAUUUUUCGAUAGGACGGACUGAUGAGUGCUGAUUCGAGUACCUUUCCGACAUGAUAACACGGCGCCAUGAGCAACUGGAGGGAAUUGGGAGAGGUUCCGGACUCGGACGACGACAGCUUCGAUGACACGCAAGAAUCUCACGGCGAUGGCCAGUUUGACCAGUCCAAUCAGUUGUCCCGAAAUGACGCUGUCGAUACGGGAGUGCAGGAGGCGCCCAGCAAACCGGCCAAAGAUGGCGAUAUCUGGAGCUUGCCGAGCUCCUCGGCAACGUCCCGCGGUCUCUCUCCACCCCUCCCGCUUGUCCACGGGCAACCCUCCCAGUUGCUGAGCCAGUCCCCUUUGCCUGCCCCAUCUAUCCAAUGCCUGGAUGAACGAACAAGUCUUUCCCCUGCUGCCGACGAGGCCGUGGGCGGACCGACUCUUCCGCCAAAGAAACGGCCGGAUUCCGCGGCGAAUGAUCUUUCUUUCGAGGACGAGAUAUCGGUUGGCUACGUUCGCGUCACCACCCCGACUUCACGCGCGUCUUCCCCCGCGAGUAUUCUUUCGAGGACCCCGACCCCCCCGGCAUCUCCGUCAUUGCCUCAAGUCCGCCCUAACGUGCCGUCCCUGAAUGACGCAGCGUUGCCCGAUGGCGCGGAGGAUCCUUCGCGGCAGGCUGCUGUUCGACUAGGGCGUUCCCUUCGCCCGCGGAAGCCGAUCCAGCAGCAUCCGUACUUACUUGAAAAUGCACAAUACACGGAAUUCAUGAGGUCGCACGGGGUGAAGCCUAUCAGGGUUGUGGAGGAAGCGCAGCCAACACGUCGGAGAGCCGAAGAGGAAGACUCGCAAGACCAAGAAUUUCAGGCAGAGGAAAGUCAGGAGGCGAGUGGGGAAGGCGCAGGUGCCCUGGAAGAGGACGCUCCCAUCCUCUUUGAUGAGGAGGACGAAUUAGCCCUCACCCCUUCGCUUCCCAAAACAUCCCCUUCGGGCCCGCAGCUACGGACUAGCAGCCAGCGGACAAACGAGGACCAAACUGAUGCUACAAGUUUCUCCGACGAGGAUCUGCCUCCCUUAGAGAAGCUUCAGCCUCUGCCUGAGAAGAAGCGACGGCAGGUGCGGAAGCGUCCACCUGCCCAGCGGCUUUCCUCAACGCAGCGGAAGCGGCCUAGGUUCGUGGCAGACUCAUCCCAAGGCUCGUCUCCGCCGCGCCCACCGUUCAUUCCUCCUCCGCCUCUGAAUAUAUGGGACUUGCCGUCCUCGCCUUCUGCGCAUGAGCCGCCGCCACCGGAGCCUCCCCAGACACUACCUCAACAAGUUGUGUCGACACCGAAGCCGCCCACGCGGCGACGCCCAAGCCCGUUGGGAACCUCUGCGCAGCGUCCCACGCCAACAGUUGGCACAACCGGCAGUGGCGUUUUGGAUUCUCCGAUUAUCAUUCAUGAGGAUCAGAGUGACCUGACCGAUGGGGAUUCCGCGGGGUCCAGUCACAGCACCGACACUGACUCCGACGUGGUUCGCCGAAACAGCCGCAGGAUUCGGGGAGUGUUGCCUGCUUCAUGGCUCCGGCUGGACCGCCAGCAAGACAAAGCCGGUUCUCGGAAGCCGAGGAGGAAAAGCCCCGACCCUUCCCCUGAGCGAGUUGUCAGGAGAGGUGUAGCUUUGCCCCGUCAAGGGUCGCCCAAGCCGUCAAGUACUGCUCCAUUAAUGCUGUUCGAUGAGUCCGGAGACUCCGAUAGCGAGCCGAGGCAAAGGCAAAAUUCGGCAGAUGACCUCAUCCAGACUGCACCGCUGGCCAUCGUCAUAGACGACGAUGACGGGUCGUCUGUGGUGGAGGAAGAUUCCAUCGACUGGAUGCUCCCCAGCAGGAAGAGACCCGGCUUGCACAGCACGGCCAGCAAGGCAAAGAAGCAAAAGCGGACUGGCACGCAGUCAGUCUUUGCCCGUCCCAACCAGCCCUCUCGGCAACCCAAGAUAACCCAAGUCCUCAGCCGGUCAAAGCAUGGUGUUACUUCAGCAUCUGCAAAGAGGGACUUAACCGACUAUCAACGCCCGAAAAGAGCGGGUUUCUCAGCGAAUCGUAAACUGAGAAACAGGCCAGCCACGCCACCACCUCUCAGCAUCUUGGAUGUUAUAGAACCUAAUGCCCCAAGGUUCGUGAGGAUUGCGGCUCGUGCUGUCAAGAGGAAAGCGAACCUGGGCAAGGCCAGCCCGUCGAGGAAACUCAUCAGCCUGGCAACGCGGAGCGACAAUGUUGACGCGCUCUCCGUCCUUCGAGACUGGAAGUCGGGAAGGAUGAAACCGAAGAUUUCGGUUCCGAUCCCAAGGCAGCCCGAAGACCAAAGAAGCAGGGCCCCUCUAAGGGAAAUAACAACAAAUGUCACAUCUCGCCCGCCACGCUCACUACGUACUCACCCUCAGAAGCUUGUUCGUCAAAGGAGCCUCGACUCGUUUGUCACCGUGUACGGCGACAAGGAACCUCUCAUUCCGCAUCAGCCCUCAACUUCCAACCCCCAAUCACGGCAGUCAUUGCGAGACCGACGGCCCAGUUGUCACCCUGCGCAGCUUGAGGAGGACGAACGGGAAGACAAGCGGCGGCAGCUCAGUCGCAGGAAGCGGACUUUGGAUGCAUCCUUCAGGAAAACCCGGAGGAAGCUGGAUGCGUUAACAGAGAAUGGGCUCGGCCAAAGUUUAGAUGUCAACUUCACAUUCCAGGAUUCUGCGACUCUUGAGCAAUGCGACCGCGUCGAAGUCGAAGAGACUCCAUCCCCUCCCAGGGACAAGAGAGGAGCUGCGAGGUCGAGAUUUCGAAAGCGACGACGCCCCCAACAUGUCGACCCAGAGGCUCCGCAAUAUGCCCGCGCCAAUGAUCCUUUGCCCGCCGACUUGUCUCCCAUCGACGUUCAAGAGCACCAUGCUGAAGACAAGCUCAGGGGCCUCGGUCCCUACGGGACGCACUACACACACCAUUUCGAAAUUUUCCCACUUGACAGAGGUGUCUUUUUCCACGAGAGCACGGUCAUCGGGCGCGGAUGCCUGCGAGAAGCGGUCGAUGCUGGGUUCCCUGAACGCGUCCGCCACCAGCGACCUGCCGCAACCUUCUCAUUUGACGGGCAAUCUUUGCGAUGGGGCGCUUGGGAUGACAAAACGUCGUCCGAGCUUGGCAUCCUCGUGGACUGGGUCGCUGAGCAGAUCAUCUCCCAAGCAGCAACAGACAGUGGCACAGGCGAAAAGGCAAUCGAAGCAGCCGACUUCGUUCUUGGGUACGUUCUUCGCUCGCUCAGCAUCCGGAGUGAUCUCGAAGAGAAAGCCUUUGUGUCCAGGUGCUUGGAGGUCUUCUCAAGCUUCACCAACCGGUUCGACUCGGUCAAGUGGAGCAAUGUUCCGGACGGUGCUCGGAGAACACAGCUUGAGGCUGUUGCUCGCGUCACCGUGACGAUUUUGGCGGUACGUUCAUUGAGCCAUGGGCCCAGCGGCGACCCGAUGCAGACCAUGAAGCUCGAUGAUCUGCUCAAGAAGUCAGCUGCGAUGACCAUUCGACACCUGCUUGAUUGUGGUACCGGGGAACUAAGGAAGCUGUAUGAUGACCUGCAACAUUCGGCUCUCCGAGAGCGAGGGAUACGAUCGGACCGCGUCCUCGCGAACAAUUGGGUGGUUAUGAUGAGGGUCUUGGAAAGCGCUGCCAUACCGAGAGCCUCCUUCUGGGAUGUAACCCACUCGGUCAUGCUCGACCAGGGGGUCUCCGCCUUGCCCGCGGACACUCAAGUGUUCGAGCAGCUCUGGCAAGACAUGUUCACUCUGCUGCCUCUCGGAGAGAUCGACAAUUCUGGACUUCUCAUCCCAGGCUUGAGGCACACCGCCGCUCUGGAAGGGUGGGCACUGCCGCAGCAGCUCUUGAAGCGCGUCUUCAAGCUGUACCACGAAAAUCCUCGACAACCACCGGGCUUCAACGACUACUGCCGUGCCUUGGUCGCGCGUUGCCAUUUUCUCGUCCAACAGUGGGGAUGGCGCAAGUGCACGGGCAUCAUCGGUACCAUUUUCGACUUCUUUGGCUCGCAGAACCUGGCGCACUUGAGAAACGAAGAGGUGUACAAGUCCCCGCGGUUCCUUGAGGAACUUGAUCGGAACCCGUCUCUGUCUAUCGAGGCCGAAGACCGGUGCUUUCACAUCUUCAUCAAACUCCUAGCGCUGGCAAUCCAGCGCCUGAAGGAGCUCGACUGUUUGAAGGACAUCAGGAACCUUGUGGCGAGGACCCUUCCCAACCACAACCGACAAUAUCUCAAAGAGGACACGAUCCACCAACGCGACUUGGCGGCUCUGAGGAACCAUCACGACCUCCUAUGCACCUUGUUCUGGGUGUCGCCGCCGGAGCUGCGGCCUGCUAUCCACCUGAUCGAGAAGCUUAUCCUUCCGGGUAGUGCUCACAAGGAAGCCUGUCUGAUCAACAUUAGGGCUUGGAACCAGCUUGCGCGAUUCGUGAUCUCCGAGGUCGAGGACGCUUCGUCGUUCAGGUCGCUCGCUGCUUGGAGGAACAACGUCUUCAACCAGGUGCUGGAUCAGUACCUCUCGGCUGCGUCGGACAUUGAGCAGCAAUUUCGGGCCUUGUCCAGCGAGGUGCCUUUUGUCAGCAAGGAGGUGCGGGACGAGAUGGUCGCAAAAAACAAGGCGACUGCUCUCGACGUGCUCUACCUCUUGAUGAAAGCGUCCCUUGAUGUUCUGCACCGAGCCCCGAAGCUGGAGGUUGCGCUAUACGCUCUCAACAUGGGCCAACUACAAAAGGUGUUCACGAGUCUUGAUUACCAUUCGCCCGGAUUUGACUGGAGCAUCGUCCGGGUUGCGCUCGAGACCCUGGAACACUUCAUCGGCCUGAUUGACGAGGCAUCCGAGGAGCAAUACUCGAGCGAGUUUUCAGACAACCCCGAUACUGCCCAUCUGGAAGACGCCGUUCUGUUGGUGAAUGAGCAACUGAGCCGGGAGUUUUUCUGGAUGAGCCGCACUCUCCUCUCCGCCCCUCUGGAACCGCCUCCGAGGCAGCAAAGCCAGCAAGCGACUUGCGCCGAGAAGUCCGUCACGUUGGCCGCCAGGAUAGCCGCCAGGUUCAUCAAGAACAGGGUCACGCAAUUGUCGCCGUACUUUUCCAGCGGGAAGUACGGGAUCUUUGCUGACAUGCCGAAGAGUCUGAGCACGCCAGAUCGGCGGUACCUUCCCCUCUUCCUUGCAGUACUGGUCAAGAAUCACAUCUUCGAUUUCAAGGACCUCGGCAUCAACAUCCUCGGCCUCUGGAUGCUGUCUAUUGUCAAGCCCCAGAGGCUCCUCGGAUUCGAAAAUCAUCUGGCAGAGGUCCUCCAGCACCACGGGCUGCCAUUCUUGGAGCGAGCCACGGUCGCGGUUGGGAUCCCCCCAGAUUACAACACGAAUAUUGAUUUCUUUGCGUGUGCCAUGCACUACAUGCGCAAAACGCUCCGCGAGUCGGGCUCGGCGCAGUCCAAACAACACCGGAUUGAGUUCGCCCAGACCCUGGAGCUGGUUAUGCUGAAGAUCAAGGAGGACCUGGCUCUUCUGCGGCCCCACGCUAGCGAGCACGGGCUGUAUAUUGAUUUCGUCAGACAAGUGAUAUCACUGAUCAAGUCUCACGGAGUCGGCAUUUGCAAAAUCGACGCCUUCUUCACGCAGCCAAGCGUCGACUACUCCCCUCCGCUCCAGGACCCGCAGCUGCACACGGCGGGCAUUGUCGCGUACGGCGUCCGACUGAGCGAGAAAGACGCCCACGCUGCCCCCCAGCUCUUUUACUAUCUUUACACCAACUUCAAGGUGGCGUUGGGCAACGACGAGCUGCAGCAGGAGUGCCGCAUCUUGGGGAGGGCGAUGCGGAACACUUAUGUCACGUCGUUUAUGCUCGAGUACAUGAUACCAGCGAUCAUCCGGGCGUCUGCGCGAGCCAGCGAGUGCUGGGCGCUGCUGGAGGUGUACGCUGUCGCACUCGCGGGUCUGCUCGAGGCGGGCUGCAUCCCGAAAGAGCUGGCCGAUGAGGACAUGGAACAUGCCGCAGGCAUUUUGGACGGCGUCUUAGCGUGGUUUGAGACCCUCAAGAGCGCAACAACAGCCUUGUCGCUGCAGCACCUCCAUAUCAUGACGCUGUUGGCAACCAUUGCCAAUGCCCUGCAGCCUAGUCUCGCGAGUUACUUGGUCAACGAGCAGGACAACGACUCCGGUUCCUCUUCAACGGUCACUGCAGCCCGCCUUGAGAACGCAGUCGACAAGCUGACAACCCUGUUCGCGGACCUGCGGUGCCACCUGGAAGACGACGUCCUGCGCCUCCCAAACAGCGACCUUGUCGAGAGCAGCGUGCGUGUCUCGGCUUUCUUGACGGGCCUGCACUCGACGCCGACGCAGACAACCACCACCACCUCCUCCUCCUUUCCCACUGCCCAGGCAACGGCGGCGGGCAACGUCUACGGCAACAACAAAACCAACCCGAAGGUGCAGGACUUUGCCAACACGAUCGUUUCGGACGUGCGGCAGAACUGGGUGGUGACGGGCGACCGGGUCAUGGUGCGGAUGGCGGCGGGGAAGGGCGUGGCAGGCGGCGGCGGUAUAUCGGUGACAAGCCAGGGGGUGGCAGCGGCGGGUUCGCUUCAAGGGGCGAAGUUUGGGCCGUGGGAGGUGAGGGCGGUGGUGGAGAGGUUGCGCAGGGAGGUGGUGAGAUGGGAGUUGGGGAUGGGUAGGACAACUACUAUCGGGAUUGAGGGAACAGCUAGGAAGGGAAGGAGAGGGGUGGCUGCUUGUGAAGAUGAGUUACUGUUUUAGAGAAGGAAGGGUUGGGUGCACGCUGUCAGACUCAGCUUACGAAGACAUGACCACAAUCGCACGAGU